UUCAUAUAUUCAGUUUCUUCACAUUCUCUUUCUUAAUUUUCCAUUCCUCUCAAUCUCUCUCUAACACACAACUAUAUCACUCUGCAAAAUUUGUCUUCAUUUUAUAUAUAUAUAGCUCUCUUCUUGCCCUAUUCAUCAAGAACUCUCUCUAAACAAUAUUAAGCUAGAGUGAGAAUUAAAAUAAUGAAAAACAACUUGAGAUUAUUGAAGCAAGAAUUCCUAAAGAAAUGGAUAAAGGGUCUUCAAAUAUGUAGUACUAGCCUAUCAUCAUCAUCAUCAUCAUCAAGUAAUAAUAAUAAUAAUAAUAAUAAUAAUAAUAAUGAUAAGAAAAUUGUAGGAGUUUUGGAGAGAAAGAAUGCCAUAAAGCUUUCAGCAAAUUUAGCCAUGGCUUUUGCCAAGAAAGGAAACACUUCAUGGAGCCGAGCCAUCAUAACAAAAGCAGCUAACAAUUCUUAUUCUUCUUCUUCUUAUAACUACUCCAAAAUCCUCUACCACAACAUCAACAAUAAUAUUAAUACUAAUAGUAGGAGAAGAAGUAGUAUUAGUUAUUAUUAUAAGAAGAACAAGAAGAAGAAGAAGAAGAAUAAAGUUGUUAAACAUUAUUCUAGUGGUUUUUUAGCUAAGAAAAUGGUUGAGAAAAGAAGAGAAAUUCUGAAAAGACUUGUUCCUGGUGGAGAAGAGUGUUUGGAUGAUGAAGUUUGUUUGAUCAAGGAAACCCUAGAUUACAUAUUAUGUCUUAAAGCUCAGGUUGAUGUAAUGAGGUCUCUUCUUACUUGUAAUAAUCAUAAUGUUAUAUAUAAUUAAUUGUAAUAAUAAUAAUGCCAAGUAAUAUUAUUAUUAUAAUUAAUUAAGUCAUGUAAUAUUACUAUUUACUAUUUAGUUUAAUAUUUGACUGUUUUAUUAAUAUUACUA